AAAGCUUCUCUCCUUCUUUGUACCUGACUACCGGGUUUCCACCCAACGCACGGGUGGCGCCAGCUUUUCGAGCACCAAAGUCAGGAAUCAUGUAGCUUGUCACCAGUCCCAUCUCAGCUAGGAGUCCGUCUUGAACGGACGACUUAGGCUUGUGGAACCCAGGUUUGCGUGCGUGGUCGACCGGCGAGUGCUGGCGAGGCCAACCGUUGUUUGUCCCCCCUCCUCGAUACGAUCCUUGACUAACGCCUUUCAUUGCCGCAUUGGAGGCGUCCAUGGCCGCCCAUAUCGCUUUUGGCGUACUCAGCUAGACCAGACAAUAUUGCUCUCAGCUCCCGGUGCCCCCGUGUAUGCGGCUUGACUAGACCUUUGUCCCCAGGAUGGAUGCCCUCCGCGCUUGCAGAGUCUCUACUAUGGUCCCGUCUCACAUAUCUUAAACCGAUUUCCCGUCCCCCUGAACUACUGGUUACCCUGACCAACACUCAUUCUGUUCGCUCACAAUCAACCAUCCUGCUCUCUCUUCACCUCAAGGCGGGAAGUGGUUUGACCAGUUUGUGGUUCGUUCGUUUCACAGUCUCCACAAGAUGAAGGCUUUCAAGACCUACUUCACGCCCGACCAGGCGUCGGGCCAACCCGCGGCCGAAACGUCGAAGCCGACUACUUUGCAACCGAUUGCACCGCAGCCGAAGCCGCAGGCGGCCGAGAGACCGGCACCUUACCGGACACACAGCGCCAGAACAUCCGCUCGACAGUCGACGGUGAGCUUGGCGCUCACUGCCGGUAUGAGGGACAAGCAUGCUAGCAGUAUCAUCGAUCUCAGGGCAGAUGUCACGGUCCACAGCAUCUACCAGGACCAGCUCAGGAAGAUGUAUGCUUCGGCGUGGAACUUGGGUGAGGGUGUUGUUCUCAAGAAGGGUCGGAACGAUUAUGUCUGCGCUCCUCCUCAGCUAUCCACUGUACCCAAUGGUUUCUUCGACAUGGUUACCCAGCUGAAUGUCAGCUGUGCCAUGACCGUCAACACACCUGUCAUCCAGUCCAUCAUUCACGGACUCCUGAACAGCGGUGAACCCUUGAACUCAAUUCCUCUCGCUGGAGGCUUGCAGCUUCAAGUCCUCCAGAGGAUGACCGAUCUGCCCAGAUGUCAGAAGCAUCACUUUGCAGCCUUCAUUCUCGACCCUCCCGUGCUCACCGUCUGGGAUGAUGAUGCCAACAGACUGCAUGCCCGCGCAGAGAGCCUGGAGCACAUGAUCAUCUCCUACAUCUGGCGUAACGAGGGAGGUGAUGAGGAGGAUGGCGACGAGAAGAACGAGAAGCAGGCCGGCGUCAACGUUGAGGAACUCUCGCCUGCCGCGCUUGAGGAAGCCCUCAAGGCUGAGGUCAGACCAGUCCGACUCACCAGUUCUAUCAUGGUUUCGGCGGCGCUUUGCUUGUCUGUGGCGUGCUUGGGUCUCGGUUACCGUAACCUGGCUUUGGAGUCCACCAUCGACGGCAGCUACACGCGCUGGGCACUUCUCGCCGUUACCCCGCUUACGCUGUUCAUCAGUCUUUUCUUCUUCUUGUCGAUUUCCGGAAACAUCUUCCAGAUCCUCGGUCCCAUCUCAUCGGUUCACGCAAACUCCAAGAACUACUCCGGCAAGGCACCGCGCCGCCUUGGCCCUCACCGUGGCGAGCUUCCCCACGUCACCAUCCAGAUGCCCGUCUACAAGGAGGGCCUGAACGCUGUCAUCAAGCCCACGGUUUUGUCUCUCAAGACUGCCAUCUCCACCUACGAGAUGCAGGGUGGCUCGGCCAGCAUCUUUGUCAACGACGACGGUAUGCAGCUCAUCAGCGAGGACGAAGCCUCGGCCCGUAGGGAGUUCUAUGAGGAGCACAACAUGGGAUGGGUUGCUCGCCCCGGCCACAACCCCAAGCCUACAGACCCCAGCGUUCAGCCUUUCAUCCGCAGAGGCAGAUUCAAGAAGGCCUCCAACAUGAACUACGCCCUGAUGACUAGCAACAAGGUUGAGGAGAAGCUCAAGCAGAUCAACCGUGGAAGCAGAUGGAGCCAGGAUAGUGAGGAUCAGGCCUACGAGCAAGCUCUUGCUGAGGUUCUCGAGGAGUCUGAGGGCCGAACUUGGGCUGAGGGCAACAUCCGCAUGGGCGACUACAUCCUUCUAAUCGACUCUGAUACCCGUGUUCCCCGCGACUGCUUUUUGGAUGCUGUUAGCGAGAUGGAGGCUUCUCCCGAGGUUGCCAUCAUCCAGUACACCUCCGGUGUCAUGCAGGUUUCUGACUCUUUCUUCGAGAAGGCUGUCACAUGGUUCACGCAGAUGAUUUACACUAUGAUUACCUUUGCCGUCGCCAACGGUGAUAUCUCGCCCUUCGUCGGUCACAACGCUAUCCUCCGCUGGUCUGCUCUCCAAGAUGCUGCUUCCUACAUGGAGGAUGGCUACGAGAAGUUCUGGUCCGAGUCUCACGUCUCCGAGGAUUUCGAUAUGGCCUUGCGUCUGCAGACUUCCGGUUACUCUAUCCGUUAUGGUGCCUACACUGGUGAUGGCUUCAAGGAGGGUGUCUCCCUCACUGUCUACGACGAGUUGGCCCGCUGGGAGAAGUACGCCUACGGAUGUAACGAGCUGCUGUUCCACCCCUUCCGUUUCUGGCUUACUCGUGGCCCCUUCACGCCUCUCUUCAGACGGUUUGUCUGCUCCAACAUCGCCUUUUACAGGAAGGUCACCAUUCUGUCCUACAUCGGCACCUACUACGCUAUUGGAGCAUCAUGGAUCCUUACCUUGAUGAACUACUUCCUGACUGGAUGGUUCUUUGGUUACUACGACAAGUACUACCUUGAUUCGUUCGCCAUCUUCUUCUCCAUCAUCGUCGUCUUCCCUCUCGCUGGAAACGUAGCCUUGGCUGUGCUCAGGUACAGACUGGGCCAGAAGUCUCUCCUUGGAGCUCUCUGGGACAACUUCAAGUGGAUGCCUGUAUUCACCAUUUUCCUGGGCGGUAUUUCGCUCCACGUCUCCAAGGCUUUGCUCUGCCAUUUCUUCGAGAUUGACAUCCAGUGGGGCGCCACUUCCAAGGAAGUCGAGAACUGCAACUUCAUCGAGGAGAUCCCCAAGAUCAUCAAGAGCUUCGCGGGCACGUUUAUCUUCACAGCUCUGGGAAUCGCUCUCAUCGUCUGCGGAUACUACGUCUUCCCCGUCCAGUGGCAGAUUCGCUACUUUGCGACCAUCUUCCCCGUGGCUAUGUCCAUCUCUUCGCACUUCUGCCUUCCGGUGCUCCUCAACCCCGCUUUGAUGAAGUUCACCUUCUAAACCGGCACUCACUUUACGCGACCACUUAAUGAAUAUACCAUUCACUUUACUUUAGAAAUGGGAACUAUAGACGGAGUUUAAUUUGGCAGAAAGGUCCUCCACGGAGGUAUAGACUGUUGAUAGCGUUCUGGAUGGGUCUUUUACUCACUCUUUCCUUCCAUCUGGUCUUGAUGAUGACGAGCAUCGUUACGGACACAGCAUGAUUUAAUGUUUUCAAUCUCUAUAUAUACCAGGC